AUGAGUUUCAUGAGUAUUACGGGAAGAGAUUUGAAUCAGGAUACUCAGGUUUCGACACCCUCCAAAAAAGGAUCUACAUCUUCACAUCAAAUCGGGAAGGUGUAUGAUACUGUAAGUAAUGAAUACCAGAGAAUUGACCUGAUGGAAGAAUCUACAUUACAGAAUGAAGAGGAAAAGGAGAAGCAUAUGCAAAACAACUCAACGUACUUCAAUACAUCCAACAGUACGCAGUUCGAUAAGAUAGCAGACAAUGUGAAUCACACGAUCAAAGAACUUUGCCUUAUAUAUAAUCAGAUUGGUUACUCAUCCACUGAAACUUCUAUCAAGAAGUCAGAAAUCUUCAGUGUUAUUCAGGAUACUAUAACCAAUUUCACAAGCAACUUACAGAGAGAGAAGAGCAACAUCGAGAAUGAAUGUGAGUGGUUGAGACAACAGAUUCGCAUAAUAUUGGCAAUGAUUGGUGACAAUUCGGGAGAUAACUUGCUAAGCUUGGUAAAUAGAGGCUUGAUCUUCAAUAAUAGAGAGAUGUACGAGCGUGGCUAUAAAGAAGAGUUAUAUAACGCCUCCAGCGCUGAGAUGAAAAGACAGACUAAUUUCUAUGCUAGUAGUCCGUUUAACGUGAGCCAAAUCCAAAUUGAUACCAACAUAAACGACGAAGAGGAAGAUCUUUUCUCAGGAAACGAUAUGGUGAUACCGGAACUCAGCCUUUUACAAUUGAAGAGUAAGUUAAACUCCAUUUUCCUUGACGUUUUGAAAAGAUUUGUGGAGGUGUUCAAGAGAUUCAUUGAAGCCAAUUUAUUAAGGCUAGAAAUCUUGGAUAGCAUUGGAAAUGAGGUUCACUCUCCCGGUGUGAGUGAACUGUGGUUAUCCAAUUUACCCAAUAAGGAAGAAAGUGAAAGUUAUAGAGAAAUGAUAGAGAGGUUUGAGUCUAUAGUGCGACUUUUAACUGCUGGUGGAGGUUCGACAACCCCUUUGAAAGAAGCAAGGGGCCAAGGAGAUAUACAGAUACUCGGUAAUGGCGAGGAAGACACAGCAUACAUAAUAUCAAGUCCAAGGAAAGACACUGAAAAGAUACAAAAGCAGGAAUCAGAAAUACAUAAGGAUUUACUCAAUGAUCUGUAUUUCAGUACACCCAGUGAACUUAUGAAAUCGCUUCGUGAAGUUAAUUAUAAGAUCGUAAGAGUGAUACGAAGUCUCAAAAUCACCAAAAUAACGCAGGAUGUGUUUUCAACUUUACAACUGGAAAUCGAAUUCUGUGACAAGGAAUUGAGCUCACGCAUGCUGGCCAUGCACGAGACAAUUCAAAGAUCCUUCGAGUUGAUCCAAGCGUUGCAGCUCAAUGAGGACCAAUUGGCAUCUGUGCAGAGAAGAUACGACGACAAUAAGAACCGGAAUCUUAGCCAAUACAGUAACAAUUAUAACACUCUGAGCAAUGGUUCAUAUCUCCUUGAUAAGGAAACCCUUCAGUUUAUUCAAAGCAAUCCAAGAGAAUUUGGUCUCAGUGAUGAUCACAUUCAGUACCUCAGUGGUUUCGCAGACGUAUUAUACAAAAUCAAAGAGACCAAGCAAAAGAAAUGGGAUCACUAUUUUUCCUCUUGUCUGACUCUUUGGGAGAAGUUGGGUGAAAACUCAGAGUAUGUGGAUGAAUUUCUCUCAAUAAACUCCCUGUUAACGGAUCAAGCGUUGCUGAACUUAAAAUCAGAGUUGAAUAGAUUGUUUUUAAAAAGAUCAGAGUUCAUAGAAACCUUUAUUUUGGACUCGAAAGCGGAGAUAGAAGAUCUAUGGACAAAGUUGUACUACAGUCAACCUCAAAGAGAACAAUUCAAGUACUAUGGCUAUCAUCCGAGCACUUCAUCUGCGUCAUCGAUUGUUUCUGACAAAGAGUCAAUCCUUCACGAACAUGAAAUCGAAUUGAAGAACUUGAAGCUUGAAUUGGAGCUGAAGGGCCAUAUUCUUGACUUGUAUUCUCAGUUGAAUGAAUUGCUCAAGGAUCAGAACUUCCUUAGAGAGUCCUCUAAGGAUUCCUCCAGAUUGCUUAGCAAAAAUUCCUGCAAAAUAUUGCUUAACGAAGAGAAGCUCAGAAAGAAAAUCAAUAAAGGCCUUCCAACAAUAUUGAAGCAAUUGAAGCAACAGGUGAUUGAAUUUAACAAUGAACAAUUGAACAUGGACAAGAAGCCUAUUACUAUUUAUGGCUAUGACUUCUUUGAGAAAAUUAUAUUGAUUGAAUCGGAGCAGAUGCAAAGCAAAGUAUCCAGGAACAAUGUCAAGCCAAAGGUAGCGACGAGUAGACCUUCACAACCUCCUAACCUUAAAAAUAAAGUCUCAAAGGCUAGUGCUUCAAGAUUGAGAUCUCCAACUAUGGCAGCGAGGCAACUGUCGAGUGCAUCGUCUACUUCAACUUCCUCUUCAUCUGGCUCCUCCUUUGCCAGACCCGUAAACAACGGGAACUUAAAACCGAUCAGUAAAUUGAACAGCAGCAUUGGAAUAGGUAUCAACACUAGCCCAACUACUUCCAUUUCGCCGUAUAAGUUUGCAUCCUCAAACGCCUUAAGACCACUUAAUACUCCACUUAUGGCAAACAAUAACAUGUCAAGGGCAGCUGACACUUCGUCUACAUCAAGUACUUCAAGAUUUUCUCCGUUUAAAUCAAGCUUCAGUAGUAGAUAUAGUAUAUCUCCUGCUAAAAGUAUAGAUGGUGACAAUAAAGAAAAUUCAUUUUGCACGAAGUACUCGCUUUCUCCCAUCAAAAUAUCAGAAUAUAUCAAUGGAGCACCAGCUGCACCAACAGGUGUAAAGUCGAGAGUGACAUCUUCCACUUUCAAUGAUAAUUCUACGUUUGAUUCAUCUACUAUCGUAGCAGAUGAAUAUCAAACCUGGAGAAACGAGAGGAUUAAGCAGUUGAACAGCGUAGAUUAA